UGCCUCUAUACUACGUCGUUUCUUCUUGAAACAAAAAGUUUCGCCUGUUAUUAAAAGCCCCCCCGUUUAACUUGCUGGGCAAGACGAGGAGGAAGAUGCCCAGCCAAGCUUAGAACGCAUCGCAGAAACAACAAAAACACUUUGAGGAGAACACCUCCUAAGUUGGAAGAAGUGUGCUAGUGAGUAUUUGAGAAGUGAGAACAUUCAAGAACAAUUCGGGUCGCUUAAUUUGGAUAAAGGGAUAGACAAUGGAAGAUGUCCUGACUGAGAUUCCACCACCUUCAAGGUUUUUUCAGGAAGAUCUGAACAACUUCACUCCUCCAUUGCCACCUCUUCCAUCACCCUUUAUCCUGUUCUCUAAUCCUAAUCCUAAUAUACCUCUUCGCCCCUCUCUUGUCAUUAUUGCCAUAUCUUCUCCGUCUCUCUUCCUUGUCAACCAUAUAUGUUCCAAAACCCUUGGAAGUCUAAUCCUCCCGGAGAUUCCCUUCUCUGGCAACUUUAUUGAACCGUCCCUUGGAGACAAAUCAUGCAAUAUCUAUGCCAUCAAUGACACAGAUGAUAGUAUUCUUUUUAUACCUAUUCAGUGCCCAGUUGCUGCUGAGAGAUCUCACAUUGUUGCCAAGUUGCUGAUUGGUGAACAAAUUAUUCCUGAGAGGGUCCUGAUUUUGGAUUCAGUUCAGACCAGGAAUUUUCGCGGUAAGCUCUCAUUGGAUGAGACUUAUGCUUUCAAGCUGGAGACAUCACCAGAAAGAAAAGGAGAUUCCUCAUUGCUAAAAGGUGUAGACUAUUUCCCAUCAGGAAGUAUGAUUGAUGGUUUCGCAGCUGCUUUGUUGGGUAGAUGUCAAUUGAAGAAGAUAAAGGGAACUGUGUGUGUCACAUGGCCUGAAUAUGGUGGUUCUGUGGUGUCACUGCUCAAAUCUCUACUGCAUAAAAAUGUGCUGACUGGCGUGGACUUUAGCUUAACUGACAGUGAAGAUAGCUAUUCAAGGUUCAACCAGAUUAAGAAUCAUUCUUUUGAUUCUGAACUGUAUACAUGAUGCACUAGGCUUUAGGUGCUUGUUCAGUUAUUCUAACUCUGUUUUUCAUCCUUCUCCUCUUUUCUACUGUACUUUGACUUGUUUUUGUGCUGUUAAGAAAAAUGUCUUUUUAAAAGAGACCCUGCCCAUGGAUUCUAGUUUUUGCUUGUUGUAAUGCAGUGGUUUUGAUUCUUAAUAGAAAGACUUGUUUUGUUAA